AGCUCUGAGGAAACUCCAGCUCAGCGCACAGCAUGAGGAGGACGAGGGAACAAUAGGGCGUUCCUUUGUGCCUGCCCUUGAAUCGCGGUGGAGGCCACUCAGUGAGCCCGGGCAGUGCCAUCGCUCACGUGUCCCCAGCAGCAGUGGCGUCUGUGGGAUGCUGUGCACUGGAAGUUGGCACUGUUUUGGGUAGUGGUUCUGAGAGGAACUGUUUAACCAGGCAGUUCCGGCGAGGGGGGAGCCUCAGCAGGAUUGCUGUGUGAAAACCGAGCUGCUGGGAGAAGAGACACCUAUGGCUGCCGAUGAAGGCUCAGCAGAGAAACAGGCAGGAGAGGCCCACAUGGCUGCGGACGGUGAGACCAACGGGUCUUGUGAAAACAGUGAUGCCAGCAGCCAUGCAAAUGCUGCAAAACACACUCAGGACAGCACGAGGGUCAACCCCCAGGAUGGCACCAACACACUAACCCGGAUAGCGGAAAACGGGGUUUCAGAAAGAGACUCAGAAGCAGGGAAGCAAAACCACGUCACUGCCGAUGACUUUGUGCAGACCUCAGUCAUCGGCAGCAACGGCUACAUCUUAAAUAAGCCGGCCCUGCAGGCCCAGCCCUUGAGGACUACCAGCACUCUGGCCUCUUCGCUGCCCGGCCAUGCUGCAAAAACCCUUCCUGGAGGGGCUGGCAAAGGCAGGACUCCAAGCGCUUUUCCCCAGACGCCAGCCGCCCCACCAGCCACCCUUGGGGAGGGGAGUGCCGACACGGAGGACAGGAAGCCCCCGGCCCCCGGCGCCGACGUCAAGGUCCACAGGGCACGCAAGACCAUGCCGAAGUCCGUCGUGGGCCUGCAUGCAGCCAGUAAAGAUCCCAGAGAAGUUCGAGAAGCUAGAGAUCAUAAGGAACCAAAAGAGGAGAUCAACAAAAACAUUUCUGACUUUGGACGACAGCAGCUUUUACCCCCCUUCCCAUCCCUUCAUCAGUCGCUACCUCAGAACCAAUGCUACAUGGCCACCACAAAAUCACAGACAGCUUGCUUGCCUUUUGUUUUAGCAGCUGCAGUAUCUCGGAAGAAAAAACGAAGAAUGGGAACCUAUAGCCUGGUUCCUAAGAAAAAGACCAAAGUAUUAAAACAGAGGACAGUGAUUGAGAUGUUUAAGAGCAUAACUCAUUCCACUGUGGGUUCCAAGGGGGAGAAGGACCUGGGCGCCAGCAGCCUGCACGUGAAUGGGGAGAGCUUGGAGAUGGACUCAGACGAGGACGACUCAGAGGAGCUCGAGGAGGACGACGGCCACGGCGCAGAGCAGGCGGCUGCGUUCCCCACGGAGGACAGCAGGACUUCCAAGGAGAGCAUGUCGGAGGCUGACCGCGCCCAGAAGAUGGACGGGGAGUCUGAGGAGGAGCAGGAGUCCGUGGACACCGGGGAGGAGGAGGAAGGCGGUGACGAGUCUGACCUGAGUUCGGAGUCCAGCCUCAAGAAGAAAUUUCUCAAGAGGAAAGGAAAGACCGACAGCCCCUGGAUCAAGCCAGCCAGGAAAAGGAGGCGGAGAAGUAGAAAGAAGCCCAGCGGUGCCCUCGGUUCUGAGUCGUAUAAGUCAUCUUCAGGAAGCGGUGAGCAGACGGCACCAGGAGACAGCACAGGGUACAUGGAAGUUUCUCUGGACUCCCUGGAUCUCCGCGUCAAAGGAAUUCUGUCUUCACAAGCAGAAGGGUUGGCCAACGGUCCAGAUGUGCUGGAGACAGACGGCCUCCAGGAAGUGCCUCUCUGCAGCUGCCGGAUGGAAACACCGAGGAGCCGAGAGAUCUCCACUCUGGCCAACAACCAGUGCAUGGCUACCGAGAGCGUGGACCACGAAUUGGGCCGGUGCACAAACAGCGUGGUCAAGUAUGAGCUGAUGCGCCCAUCCAACAAGGCCCCGCUCCUUGUGCUGUGUGAAGACCACCGGGGCCGCAUGGUGAAGCACCAGUGCUGUCCCGGCUGUGGCUACUUCUGCACAGCGGGUAAUUUUAUGGAGUGUCAGCCAGAGAGCAGCAUCUCUCACCGUUUCCACAAAGACUGUGCCUCUCGCGUCAAUAACGCCAGCUAUUGUCCCCACUGUGGGGAGGAGAGCUCCAAGGCCAAAGAGGUGACGAUAGCUAAAGCAGACACCACCUCUACCGUGACACCAGUCCCCGGGCAGGAGAAGGCCUCAGCCCUGGAGGGCAGGGCCGACACCACAACGGGCAGUGCUGCUGGGCCACCGCUCUCGGAGGACGACAAGCUGCAGGGUACAGCCUCCCACAUGCCUGAGGGCUUUGAUCCAACGGGACCUGCUGGGCUCGGGAGGCCAACCCCUGGCCUUUCCCAGGGACCAGGGAAGGAAACCUUGGAGAGUGCUCUCAUCGCCCUCGACUCGGAAAAACCCAAGAAGCUUCGCUUCCACCCAAAGCAGCUGUACUUCUCCGCCAGGCAAGGGGAGCUUCAGAAGGUGCUCCUCAUGCUGGGAGCUGGGCGAGGCCAUGAAUGUGGGCCAUAUUGGCCCGUGAGGGUCCAGCGUGCUGAGCCCAUGAGGGUGGGCCGUGCUGGGCCCCUGAGGCCGUUGGCCGGGCGUGCGCGCGAGCCUGGGAAGGGCGCCGUCCGUCAGAGCCUCGCGGAGGGUGAGCGGCCGUUUCGGCCUUGGGGCCUCAGACUGUGUGGGACUUGGUCAGUGCCAGCCGCUCCGCUUGCAGCGGGCGCUAAUAUCGACACCUGCUCAGAAGACCAGAGGACCCCGUUGAUGGAAGCAGCCGAAAACAACCAUCUGGAAGCAGUGAAGUACCUCAUCAAGGCCGGGGCCCUGGUGGAUCCCAAGGACGCAGAGGGCUCUACGUGUUUGCACCUGGCUGCCAAGAAAGGCCACUACGAAGUGGUCCAGUACCUGCUUUCAAAUGGACAGAUGGACGUCAACUGUCAGGAUGACGGAGGCUGGACGCCCAUGAUCUGGGCCACGGAGUACAAGCACGUGGACCUCGUGAAGCUGCUGCUGUCCAAGGGCUCCGACAUCAACAUCCGGGACAACGAGGAGAACAUUUGCCUGCACUGGGCGGCGUUCUCUGGCUGCGUGGACAUCGCCGAGAUCCUGCUGGCUGCCAAGUGCGACCUCCACGCCGUGAACAUCCACGGAGACUCGCCGCUGCACAUUGCUGCCCGGGAGAACCGCUACGACUGUGUCGUCCUCUUUCUUUCUCGGGAUUCAGAUGUCACCUUAAAGAACAAAGAAGGGGAGACGCCCCUGCAGUGUGCAAGCCUCAACUCUCAGGUGUGGAGCGCUCUGCAGAUGAGCAAGGCUCUGCAGGACUCGGCCCCCGACAGGCCCAGCCCCGUGGAGAGGAUAGUGAGCAGGGACAUCGCUCGAGGCUACGAGCGUAUCCCCAUCCCCUGCGUCAACGCCGUGGAUGGCGAGCCGUGCCCCAGCAACUACAAGUACGUCUCUCAGAACUGCGUGACGUCCCCCAUGAACAUCGACAGAAACAUCACUCACCUGCAGUACUGUGUGUGCAUCGACGACUGUUCCUCCAGCAACUGCAUGUGCGGCCAGCUCAGCAUGCGCUGCUGGUACGACAAGGACGGCCGGCUCCUGCCAGAGUUCAACAUGGCGGAGCCUCCCUUGAUCUUCGAAUGCAACCACGCGUGCUCCUGCUGGAGGAACUGCCGAAAUCGUGUCGUGCAGAAUGGUCUCAGGGCAAGGCUGCAGCUCUACCGGACGAGGGACAUGGGCUGGGGCGUGCGGUCCCUGCAGGACAUCCCACUAGGCACCUUUGUCUGCGAGUAUGUUGGGGAGCUGAUUUCGGACUCAGAAGCCGAUGUUCGGGAGGAAGAUUCUUACCUCUUUGAUCUCGACAAUAAGGACGGGGAGGUUUACUGCAUCGACGCGCGGUUCUACGGGAACGUCAGCCGGUUCAUCAACCACCACUGCGAGCCCAACCUGGUGCCCGUGCGCGUGUUCAUGGCCCACCAGGACCUGCGGUUCCCCCGGAUCGCCUUCUUCAGCACCCGCCUGAUCGAGGCCGGCGAACAGCUCGGGUUUGACUACGGAGAGCGCUUCUGGGACAUCAAAGGCAAGCUCUUCAGCUGCCGCUGCGGCUCCCCCAAGUGCCGGCACUCGAGCGCGGCCCUGGCCCAGCGUCAGGCCAGCGCGGCCCAGGAGGCCCAGGAGGACGGCCUGCCCGACACCAGCUCCGCGGCUGCCGCCGACCCGCUAUGAGACGCCGCCGGCCAGCGGGGCGCUCGGGAGCCGGGGUCCGCCGCGUCGCCGUUUAGAGGAGGAGGAGGAGGAGAGACUCCUGCGGGGCUGCGCCGCCGGCUUCCUGGAGGGGUCGGGGGUGAGGCUGCAGCCCCUGCGGGCGGGUGCGGACGCCUCCCAGCCACCUGCCCAGUGCCCAGGCUGGAGCGCACCCUUUGGCCGGCGCCCCCAAAGACGCUGGGAGUCCGCACUGGCAUCACCUUCUGAGUUUCUGAUGCUGAUUUGUCGUUGCGAAGUUUCUCGUUUCUUCCUCUGACCUCCGAGGUCCCCGCUGCACCACGGGGUUGUUUGUUCUCCGGCCCGGCCCAGACUGUUGUGUGUGGCGCCGCCGAGGCCACCGUUAGCGCGAGCUGCUCCGUUCGCCCUGCCCGCGGCCUGCGUGGCCGGUGCCGGGUCCCAGGGGCUGCCCGGAGGACACUGUCUGCUGCCAGUCUCGGAGAGUCAGGAGACCGACCCCACCACUAACUUUGGAGAAAAUGUGGGUUUGCUUUUUAAAGGAAUCCUAUAUCUAGUCCUAUAUAUCAAACCUCUAACUGACGUUUCUUUUCGAGGAAGUGGUUUGGUGGGUGCAGCCCCCGCCGGUUCCGUUGACGCUGGCACCUUCUGUUGAUUUUUUAAGCCACAUGCUAUGAUGAAUAAACUGAUUUAUUUUCUACCAUUACUGAACAUUAGGACAAACAAAAAAUAAAAAACAAAACACAGACAACGGUGCUGAUUCUGGUGUGGUUUCUACUCACCACGUGAAAUAAACUAUCAACUGUAUAAAGAGAACAAAGUGAUUUUAGAAUAAAAUGCAGGAAAAACUUUUUUAAAAAUGUUAGUCUUGUAGUGUGAAUAAAUUUGCCAUCACCUUUUGUGUGGUGGCCUGGCAGGUCAUAUACUUUUUUUUGGCAUAUACCUUUUUAAAUACUGUAAUUAGUGCAGUAACAGUGGGGUUUUUUUUGUGCAACUCUUCUAAACAUUCAUAAUGCAGUCAUGUUUAUUUUUUUCUGUUAAAAUGUUUUUGACAGUUUUAAGAGCAGUCUUUUGGCUCUGACCAUUUCUUGUUCUGUUUUCAAUGAAAUCAAUAAAAAAAAAAAGAAGUACUUUAAA